AUGUCAUCUGCGGCCUGCCUGCUGUCUGAGGAUCACUUCCUGUGCUCCAUCUGCCUGGACGUGUUCACCUCUCCCGUCACCAUCCCGUGUGGACACAACUUCUGCAAAAACUGCAUCACUGAAAACUGGAGAAUCAAUAGAAAAGGCCAGUGUCCCAUGUGUAAAAAGUUUUUUGACAAAAUGCCUGAGUUGCAUGUAAAUACUUUCAUAUCUGAGAUGGCGUCUCAGUUCAGACAGUCAGCUCUAAAGAAAGCCUUAGAGGAGGCCGGACUAGGAGAAGUACCCUGUGAUGUCUGCAUCGGGGUCAGACUGAAGGCUUCAAAGUCCUGCCUGGUGUGUCUGGCCUCGUACUGUGAGACUCACCUGGAGCGACAUCAGACAGUAGCCGGCCUAAAAAGACACACGCUCAUUGAUCCUCUGGAUAACCUAGAAGACAGGGUGUGCACAAAGCAUAAUAAACUCAUGGAGCUCUUCUGCAAGACCGACCAGGUGUGUGCAUGUCAGUUUUGUGCAGAGUCAGAACAUGCAACACAUGACGUCGUCCUUCUGGAAGAAGAAUCUGAGGGAAAAAAGACGGAGCUGGGAAAGACAGAGGAGGAGUUUCAGCAGCUGAUCCAACAGAGACAUCUGAAGAUACAGGAGCUCAGACAUGCAGCAAACCUCAGCAAGGGGGCAGCAGACAAAGAGACAGCAGAUGGCGUUCAGGUCCUCGCUGCUCUGACACAGUUUGUUGAGACGGGCCUGAGCGAGCUCAUUGAACAGAUCAAUAAGAAGCAGAAAAACACAGCAAAGCAAGUUGGGGACUUCAUCGGAGAGCUGGAGCAGGAGAUCUCUGAGCUGAUGAGGAGGAAAGCUGAGUUGAAGCAGCUGUCAGGCUCCAAAGAUCACCUUCACCUCAUCCAAAGCUUCUCGUCCCUGAAUGCAUCUCGACCCACAAAGGACUUGACCAACAUCAGCGUUCCUCUGCCCUCGUAUGAGGGAACUGUGGCAAGAGCUGUAGCUUCACUUAAAGAGACUCUCGAUAACAGGAUAGAGAAGCUGCUUGAAGCCGAGCUGAAGAGGGUGCAGCGGUUUGCAGUGGAUGUGGUUCUUGAUCCGGACACGGCACAUCCUAAACUCAUCCUGUCUGACGACGGGAAACAAGUGAGUCACAGUGACGAGGCGAAAGAUCUGCCCGACAACCCAGAGAGGUUUUCAUUUUGUGUCAUUGUGUUGGGAAAGCAGAGUUUCUCUUCUGGCAAAUUCUACUAUGAGGUCGAAGUAAAAGACAAAACUAAAUGGGAUAUAGGAGUGAUCAGCUCAUCGGCCAGCAGGAAAGGAGAACUCACAUCGAGCCCGGAGUGCGGUUACUGGACUCUGCAGCUGAGGAAUGGAAACGAGUACGUAGCUCUGGCCGACCCUGAUGUCCUGCUCUCUCUGAGGUCCCAGCCUCAGAAGGUGGGAGUGUUUGUGGAUUAUGAAGACGGUCUGGUCUCCUUUUAUGACGUUGAAGCUGCAGAUAUUAUCUACUCCUUCACUGGCUGCUCCUUCACUGACAAACUCCACCCGUCCUUCAGUCCCUGUUUCAAUGAUGGCGGUGAUAACUCUGCUCCUCUAAGGAUCGCUGCUGUCCAUAACACUGAUUGA